UCUCAGAGAUCUUUUCUGGGGGGGGUUUCGUUGUGGCAGAUAACCUGUUCAGGACAAGACUGCAUUAGUUUCCUUAUUUCAGUUAAGGAAGAUGGAAUCUAGGAGAUAAGAUACAGAAGAAAACAACCAGUACUGAAACAGGUUCAGGAAUAUGGAGAGAAAAUAGAGAUGGCAGAAGUGCAAAGCAGACACCACUGAAUCUUUCACACCCAACUGAUCUACCAUCAAAUCAGGCAGAUGAGACAUCAAUCUAAAGUCGCACCUGAAGGAAAGAACUUCAUGAUUUACUGUACUACAGUGUUAGUAAUGGAAAAUUAAUCCAAGUACAUGGGGUGGAAAUAGAACCUACAGCCUUUUGAUCUUCCAGUUUCAAAGGUUUAAGAAUUUGCUGAUCAUGCUAAAACAGCAGUCAAAGGCUAGUAAAAGGUCACCCACUGACACAGCUGAUGUACAUUUCCGAAACAAGAAAGAAGAUGCGUUGUUACGUCUCAGACUGGACCACAUAUCUUACAGGUGUUGGUAUUCUGUUUCCAAUAUACAACGUGAAAAAGAUCUCCUAGCAAAAGAACAUCAACGCUUUUUACAGCAAAUAGACUUAUCCAGACAGUCAACAUUAAAUACUUUACUGAAAGACAUUGAUUCAGUAAAUAAAAAUGAAAACUCUUUUAGCAUAGGUACUCAAUCAGUGGAAAAAUAUAAGCCAAAGCAUGCGUGUGAUGUCACAUCCAGAUCUCCACACUGUCAUUCUGUUCUGUCACAUAAAAACUUGUCACAAGUUUUUUCCAGCUAUAGUAGGAGAGCAGUCAGUUCAAUGUCUCAUAUGCCUCAUUCUGCUGUAGUAAAUGAACUAUUUACUGUAGAUAAUGACAACAAUGAAGACACGGAUCUGGCUGGUAACGAUGUUAAACUAAAUAAGGGUCCUAAAAAGAGACCAAAAUCAACCUCCUUUCUGCUACAUCACCCAGAAAGCACUAUGGAAAUGCUGACAAAUAAUCAGCUGAAAAGUAUUUCUGCUCUAGAUCAAAUUUAUCAACAAGAAAUGGAGCGACAUAGGCAUUUACUAAUGCAGGAACGAGAGAAAGAGAAACAGCGACUUGAAGGCAUUUUACAAAAGAAAAUUAAUGUUUUCCUGAAGAAACUGCAAAGUGUUUAAUUGCUACAAUUGAAUACUUUUGGAUCAUAGGGAGCUUUACUGCAUAUUUUAAGGUGUUUUAAAUGUAAUCAAUAAAAGUAUAUACUUUUUAAGCACUUAAAAGCACCAAGGAGGAUAAAGUAUGGAUUUUGACCAACUAGUUUGCAGAAAUAAAAAAAUAAAAUUAUGUCUAGAAAGCAUGUUUAGAAUUUGUGGUACAAACAUUAGUUUACUAAGCGAGUUGUGACUUCAUGCUUUCACAAACAAGUGGCUGUCAAGUGAAGUUGUAGGACUCCUGAAUAAUUGACAAAAUAUCAGGCAUCUUUUUAUUAAUUGUGCAAAGUAUUAAGAAUUACAUUCCAUAUGGCAUGUUUUUAUUAAUUUCAUUGUACUACCUUAAUUGCAUGCCUUAAGUAUAAUGACAUACUCACAUCACCAUGUUAUUAAACACCCCAAAUGUUGUCUCACUGCAGUGCAUGCAUAGUUACAUGUUCCUGUACUAAAUGAGUUUAGGAACUUGGACCCUUUGCAAGGAGAGAAAUAAACAUGCAGCAAGAUAAAAUAAAACAAUGUUAACAGAGUAAUGUUAGUUAAUUAAGGGGUAUUUGUUGUUUGCAAGACAGUUCAGUCUAACAGUUUUAAAGUUCUGGUUUAACUUUUGAUGCUUAACUGUACCAUUCUGAAAACUGAUUUCCUUGAUGGCAUAAUCAGCUAUGUAAUGGGAUGUAGAACAAAGGAAAAGCAUUGCCACCCAUCAACAUUUUCUAUGUUCACUUCUAUUUACAAGGCUUGUCCCAUAAAUAACAGAAAAAUAA